AUGGAGAGCGGAGCUGGGCAGACAAGUGGAGGAGUUGUGUGCUACGAGGAGGUCUACGAGCGACGUGCGGGUGCGUACGACGGAAGGAGGGUCGUGGCGACGGACGAGUUCUACGUUGUGGAGGAGGUGGGGUCGGUGUACCUCGAUGGCAAAGGGGAAGCAGCAAGCCAUCAAGAAGGCAGUUCCUACAUCGACGAUGAUGAGCGAGAGCCGUCGAUGAGCGAGAGCGACGACGGUGCCAGGAGGAAGAAAAGGGACAAGAAGGCGAAGAAGAACGGCAAGGAGAAGAAGAGCAAGAGGGAAAAGAGGAUGCGGGAGCGAGGGAGCCUGCUCAAGAGGGACAGCGGGAACAAGCACAUCAGGAAGCUCAUGCACGGCCUCGAGAGCGAAGGCGAGGAGGACAUCCCGUGGCCCAUCGACGAGAGAGGAAUCCAGGAGCUCCCCAUCAGCGUGUGGAGCAAGCGGUUUCAGGCGUACAUGGCAUUGGAGGACGAGCAAACGAGGCUGCUGAAGCUCGCCUAUUUGGCGCACGACUUUCAGCACGCGGCUGAGGUGUACGGACGAAUUAUCAUCAGCGAGCGCUACCUCCCGGUGGAGGACAAAACCAUAAAACCGUUGGACAUUGGUGGUGUGGCGGGAGGAGACAAGUAUGUGGUGAUGGGCAUUUUGUUCAAGUUCGCCCUCGACAAGGAGUUGGUGAGGAAGAAGUGGAUGUACGGCGAUCGCAUCCCCAACGACUCGCUGGCAAUGAAGGCCGCUGACCACGAGCUGCGGUCGCUGGCUCGUAUCUUGGCUUCGGAGACAACAGCGCAGCAAUCAGUCUCUGCGCCCCUGAUGUCCAUCGUGAACUAUCGUGGCUUCCGCAUUAUAGCGGUGUCCGUCAUCCCGAUCUCCAAACAAACGAUCAUCUACGGCUCGCACGAUGGCGGCAAGACUGUGCAUGCCGACUACGAAGCGUUUAACAUGCGCCUCAACCGUAUCUUCGCCGGCUUCAACCUCAAGGCGCACAUGGUCAAGGACUGCGUGCUUCAAGCCUGCGGCGACAUCGAAGGGCACUGGGGCACGGACAACAAACUGUACCUCGCCGACUUUGCCCGGCUGUUUCCGCCCGAGGCGGGAAGCGUCGCGCAAAAGUAUUUCACACUCAAGGAGCCUCGGGCCGUGUUCUACAAGUUGCUGCGACCCGAGUUUUUGGUGUCCAACCCGGUUCCGCUGUGCAGCGACGCCUUCACCGGUUGGCAGUCCAUGGACCCCGAGUGGCACGACCACAACCACGAGGUGAAGCUGGCCACAGAGCGGCUGCACAACGUCGUCAUCCCCGAGUUUGUCAAAUAUUUGCAUACCCUCUGCCGCAUCGACCGCGAUCGAUUCCCCGUGUUGUACACUUCGUUUUGUCCGCUGUGCCAGCUCCAGCGGUGGGGAGCAUCGGCGCAACAAGUCACCCACGACACCAUCGAAUCUGGCGCAAAUACCGAGCUGCUGUACGACCAGCUGCUGAACAUACUGCAUCGGAUGCACAAGGACGGAAUCAAUCGGCGAUACCUGGGCGUGCUCCGGGGCCUGCUCGUGCAGUACGAGCAUAAGUCCACCUGCCACUGGAAAUACCGGGCGCUAUUGUACACAGAGAUGGCGGCGCGCGUGUGUAAGAACAUCAUACAGGCGCUGCUGCGGGAGAAGAUGAAGCGGCUCAAGGUGCCCUCGGAGGAACCCUACAGGCACCUGCUGCUCCAGAUCUUCAACAUGCUGGCCAGCCACUCGCAGGACUCGGUCCACUUCUGGUCGGCCAUCAAGCCGCCGCCCAUCAUCAUCAACCACUUCGCCGGCGGCGUCGAGCAGCGCGGCCCGGAGGACCGGCCCAAGGAGAUGCCCCACGACGACGGGGACCACUACGACGCGUUCGAGUUCGAGCUGGAGGGCGGGGCCGAGUACUACAUCUACAAGUACUUCCGAUCGCUGGAGAAGAAGAACCGGGGCAAGGCCGAGGCCGAGGAGGACUCGUGGGGCAGCCCCGACGGCCCCGAGACCGACUGGGCCAACAUCCUCCUGCCCAUCAAGCUCUGCAUCAAGGCCAAGUUUGGGUCGAUGGCCUUCUACGGCGCCGAGUGGCAAUUCAGGCGGCUGUGCAGCAUGCUCGGCGUGGUGCUCUCCGACCAGCCCCGCAUUUUCGACGUGUUGAACGGGUCUCCGGUGACUAGGGUGCCGAUACCGUUCGAGUUCAUGGACCCGUACAUCGCCGACCUCAAGGUUAAGGGCAAACAGCUGCAGAUCAUGUACCACAGCGAAGGAGUGGGGCUCUGGCUUGCCGGUCGGCGAAUGGAGCAGGAGCUGGCUGGCCAGCAGGCACAGAGCGCCAUCAACAAGAAGGUCGCCGGGCUCUUCCUCUUUGCUAAACGCAAACUGCGAUCCGCUCUCGACUGCGUUAACACGCUGCUGCAUCUCGGGCGGGUCGACCACUGGCUGGCCCUGAACUGGGAGACCAACACCGACGUGUGCAUCGCAACGCUCAAGAACGCAUACGACUACUACACCCAGGCGAUCAACAUCUUGAAGAUCCGCCAGACCUUGACCAAGGCCGACCGUAACACGCUCAUCGAGGGUACCCUCGAAAUGGCGCAGCUCCAGUGUAACCUGUCCAUGGUGAGCACCACUGCAGCUACGGAACACCACUCUUCCGAACGUCGAAAAACGCUGUGGCGCAGUGCGUGGCAGACCUACCUGGACAUACUGUUGGACUACAGCGCCGCGGUCAAGCCGAUCUUCCUCAGCGAGAUCGAAGAAGCCAUGACACUCGAGAAGACAGACGAUGUUCAUUACCCCGGCAAGAUCGUGUCGGCCGUGAUGAAGGUCGAGGCCAUGCGCAAGCUGGAGACGCACGAGUACAAGUCGUCGCUGAUUGCCCGCAAGACGGCCUACGAAAAGCAGAAGGCGAAGAAGGCCAAAACGAAGAAGGAUUCUGAAGCCACCUCCAUAUUCCACCUCAUCGGCUCAUUGACCGUGGGCGACGUACUGUCGGCGAGCGCCAUCGAGGCCGUGCCCGUGGUGUCCUCGCCUGCGACAAGAAAGAGCGUCAGAGCCGAGAAACGACCUUCGCUUUCGUCGCUCAGUUCCACGCUGAAGCUCACCCUGCUGAAGCCCAACUCCACCAAAGCCGGGGAGGACAUCCACCCGGAAGAGAUGGACGGCCUGCUACUCUACCUGUGGAGCUACAACGACCGGACCCUGUGCUGCAACCUGAGCAACGAUGACGAAAUCUACCUCGGAUCAACGGGCAACUUCGCGCUGUGGUGCGCGAAGCGGGGUGAGGACGGGCGGAUUCUGCUCAAGAAUCAUCACCAGAAGUGGCUGUGCGCGGACAAGAACGGUAAGCUGCGUAUCGACCGGGAGCAGUCAUCCAGCUGGGAGGUGGAGAAGAUCCCCGACAAGGACGGCGCCGAGCGGAACGAGGUCGCCCUCCGCUGCCGCGAUACGGGCAAGUACAUGAGCGUGUCGAAGCACGGGCUGGUGGCGGCCGACAAGCAGGCCCCCAAGUCGAACAAGGAGAGGUGGCGCCUCACCAGGGCCAGCAACUUGUUCAACAUCUGCUCCCUGAGUGGCGACUACCUCUACUUCGGCUUGCGCGGCGAAGUUCGCUCGACCUCCGGGGUGCCGAAGGAGUUCAACACGUGGAUGAUCGAGGAGGAAGGGGCGGAGGCGGAGGCGAAGAGCCCCGCGGGCGGGGUCAUCGUGUCCAUCAAGUCCAUGGACGGCAAUUACCUGCGCUACGACCCGGCGAGCGGGCUGGUGGCCAACAGCCCCACGUCCGUGCAGACCUGGAAGAAGCGCAUGCACGCCAACAGCACGCUCGGGGAAGCGUACACGCUCGAACUGCACGAACCCCCGCCCACGGGAGGCAACCGCCGCUGGCUCAGCAUCGACGCCGAAGGCAACGUCCUGCUUUCACACACGAAAUGCCGAUGGGUGGUGCAUCGCUACUCAACGACGUGGGCGCAGAAGGUGGGCUUCCUCUACUCGAAGCUGGUCUUCCUCUACGGGCCGGGCAUCUCAGCCGAGCUGCGCCUCGGUGUCUUCGUGUCCUGA